AUGUACUCCAUUCCUCCUCCUACUCGCUUCUUGGUCCUCUCCGCUGCGGAGUCUCGCCCUCACAACCCUUCCACCGCCAGCAACAACUUCCUUGUGCUGUCUCCUACUGAGUCUGGCCCUGACCCUCGCGCCUUUGAGGACUCCCAGAGUGAGACCAGCUCCGAUGAGAGCCCUGAACUGGCUCCCCUCAGCCGUGCUCGCACCAACAGCUCUGUUUCAACCAACUCCUCCGGUUCUUUCAGCGACCUCAGUGCCAGCCUUCCCAAUGGUUUCCUCUUCCUGGGCCAUGGCAAGAGCAAGAAGAACUAG